AUGGCUCCAGAGAGAUUCGGCGGCGCAUAUGCAGAAGGAAGAGUCUCCAUCAUCGAGGCGUUGCAGAACGUCUUCUACGGACUGCAGACCUCCGAGAGGGCCGUGAGCUGCAUGGAGCUUAUGAAAUCUUUCGGUUGGGAUGCAAGCGAUGCUUUCAUCCAGCAUGACGUGCAGGAGCUGAACAGGAUCUUAUGUGAUCAGCUCGAGGAGCAGAUGAAAAACACAGCAAUGGCCGGCUCCAUCAAGAGGCUUUUUGAAGGCGAGAUGGAGAACAGCAUUCAGUGUCUCGACGUCGACUACACCUCCAGGCGGCCCGAAACGUUUUGCGACGUCCAGCUGAGCAUCAAGAGCGAGAAGGGCCCCCUCCUCCACACCCUGGAGGAGUCCCUCAAAGAGUUCACCGCGGAGGAGAUGCUCCACGGCGACAAUAUGUACCAGGCGGAGGGUUACGGCAAGCAGCGAGCAAAGAAGGGCAUCCGGUUUCUGAAGUUCCCCCCGGUCCUCAAUUUCCAGCUCAAACGCUUUCACUUUGACCGGGAGAGAGUGGAGAUGGUGAAGCUCAACAGCCGCUUCGAGUACCCUCGGCUUUUGGACCUCUCGCCGUUCGCGCCGCGCGCCGGGCGCUAUCUGCUGCACUCGGUGGUGGUCCACUGCGGUGACGUCGACGGCGGACAUUAUUGCACCUACAUUCGGCCAAACCUCGACGCGCGCUGCGUCAAGUUCGACGAUGACAAGGUCACAUCCUGCCAUGACUCGGCUGCAGUGGAGGCGAGCUUCGGAGGCGACGAUGACGACUUCGACGAAUUCAGCUUCAACGCGUACAUGCUCGUCUACAUCCAGGAGCAGUGCGCGGAGAACGUGUUGCGAGUGCCCGACCCAAAGCAGGUCAACAGCCGGAUGGUCGACAGAUGUAGCGCCAGAAUGGACUGA